UCUACAAGUGUACCUAAAUCCAGUUACAAUCAAGAUGACUGAAACCACUACCGAAGUUGCCGCCGCGGCCCCGGCUGCUGCCUCGCCAGCCAAGACCCCGAAGAAGACCAAAGCCGCCAAAGGAGACGCCAAGAAGCCAAAGAAACCAGCCACUCAUCCACCAGCGAACGAAAUGGUCUUGGCCGCUCUCAAGAAUCUGAAGGAACGGAAGGGAUCUUCACUGCAGGCCAUCAAGAAGUACAUCGGGGCCAAUUACAAGUGCGACGUGGCCAAGUUAUCCAUUUUCAUCAGGAAGGCUCUGAAAGCUGGCGUCGAGAAGGGCACCUUCGUUCAGACCAAGGGAUCCGGUGCUUCAGGAUCGUUCAAGCUGAAGGACAAGAAGGCUGCCGCUGAGAAGAAACCAAAGAAGGCUGCAGGAGAGAAAAAGAAGCCUGCCAAGAAGCCAGCUGCAAAGAAAGCUACUGGUGAGAAAAAGGCCAAGAAGCCUGCUGCCAAGAAACCAGCUGGCGAGAAGAAAGCCAAAGCAGCCGGUGCCAAGGCCGCCAAGAAAGCCGGAACAGUGAAGAAGGCUGCUGCUCCCAAGCAAAAGGCUACCAAACCAUCGAAGGCUGCUGCCAAGAAGCCCAAGACUCCCAAGCCGAAGAAGGCUGCACCGGCAAAGAAAGCAGCUCCGAAAAAAGCCGCUGCCAAGAAGUAAGCUGGGGAUCGAAGCCGUUGAAAUGAAACCUCGUUACAAAAUCAGUCCUUUUCAGGACUACAAAUGUGAUUUCAUUUAAGAGUUAUGUUUUAAUUAGAAUUCCCGCUGCAGCACUUGGCAAUGCAAGAAAACUAAAACAACAUUUUAUUGCUAUCUGAAACGAACAUU